GUGUUGGAAGCGGACGCGGUCCUGGAGUAGACGAGAAGGGAGUAGUAGGACGUUGACGACGUCUACGGGUUACGACUACGAUUACGCCGACUACGGUAGUACUGUACUGUUACUGACUACUGUACACCGUUACGGUCUACGAUUGCGGAGAUCGGAUUUAAACUCGGGAGGAGGUGCAGACGACGACGAACGCUUUCUGUGCUAAAAAUCGCUAUCAUGUCUACCACAGCCGCUGUUGCGCACUGACACCCCAUCAGCCCCGACCUGGCAGAGCGUCUAGUCCAAACAGAGCAGAGAGCCGGUGGCUGAACCGUUGUCGGUGUGACUUGCGACUUAUUUCUCGAAUGACUCCGUUAUAAUACUACCGCCAGGUUUUGACAAACUAGAUGUAAAGUACACUGUCAAAGUUUUUUUCCACAACUGUAAUCAUGCCGGCCGUCAGAGGAGAUGGUAUGCGGGGAUUAGCUGUAUUCAUUUCAGACAUCAGAAAUUGUAAAAGUAAAGAGGCUGAAAUAAAGAGAAUCAAUAAAGAAUUAGCCAAUAUUAGGAGUAAAUUCAAAGGUGACAAGACAUUAGAUGGAUAUCAAAAAAAGAAAUAUGUUUGCAAACUCUUAUUCAUAUUUCUACUUGGCCACGAUAUUGAUUUUGGCCACAUGGAGGCUGUCAACUUAUUAUCUUCUAAUAAAUAUUCUGAAAAACAAAUUGGUUACUUGUUUAUUUCAGUAUUAGUAAAUACUAAUAGUGAUUUGAUUAAACUUAUUAAUCAAAGUAUUAAAAAUGAUCUGCAAUCUCGGAAUUCGAUCCAUGUAAAUUUAGCUAUGCAGUGUAUUGCAAAUAUUGGUAGUAGAGACAUGGCUGAAGCAUUUGGUUAUGAUAUACCAAAGCUAUUAGUAUCAGGGGAUACAAUGGACGUGGUUAAACAGUCAGCAGCAUUAUGUUUUUUACGACUUUUACGUACUAACCCUGAUGUCAUACCUAUAGAUUCAAAUGGCGCCAGUGAGUGGACAUCAAGAAUUGUUCACUUGUUAAAUGACCAACAUUUAGGUGUAGUCACAGCUGCUGUUUCUCUUAUUGAUGCACUAGUAAAACGAAACCCCAAAGAAUACAAAGCUUGUGUUAGUUUUGCAGUUUCAAGGCUUUCUAGGAUUGUGACUGCUAGUUAUACAGAUCUUCAAGAUUAUACUUAUUAUUUUGUCCCAGCUCCAUGGUUGUCUGUUAAAUUACUUAGACUUUUACAAAAUUAUUCAACUCCGGAAGAUGCAGGUGUGAGAGUUAGAUUGAACGAAUGUUUGGAGGCUAUUUUGAACAAGGCUCAAGACGCUCCAAAAUCAAAGAAAGUGCAACAUUCCAAUGCUAAAAAUGCUGUACUAUUUGAAGCUAUUAGUUUGAUUAUUCACAACGACAGUGAACCAAAUUUACUUGUGAGAGCUUGUAACCAAUUGGGUCAAUUUUUAUCGAAUCGAGAAACAAACCUAAGAUAUUUAGCUUUGGAGUCCAUGUGUCUUUUAGCUAAUUCUGAGUUUUCACAUGAAGCUGUUAAAAAACACCAAGAAGUUGUUAUAUUGUCUAUGAAAAUGGAAAAAGAUGUUUCAGUUAGACAACAAGCUGUUGAUUUACUUUAUGCUAUGUGUGACAAGUCAAAUUCUGAGGAAAUUGUUCAGGAAAUGUUGAAUUAUUUAGAAACAGCUGAUUAUUCAAUAAGAGAAGAAAUGGUAUUGAAGGUGGCUAUAUUAGCUGAAAAAUAUGCAACUGAUUACACGUGGUAUGUGGAUGUAAUACUAAAUCUAAUAAGGAUAGCAGGAGAUUAUGUUUCUGAAGAAGUUUGGUAUCGUGUUAUUCAAAUUGUAAUUAAUAGAGAUGAUGUACAAGGUUAUGCUGCCAAAACUGUAUUUGAGGCAUUGCAAGCACCUGCUUGUCAUGAGAAUAUGGUUAAAGUUGGUGGUUAUAUUCUUGGAGAGUUUGGCAAUUUGAUUGCUGGUGAUACUCGUUCUGCGCCAAACGUACAGUUUCAACUAUUACAUUCCAAGUAUCACUUAUGUUCGCCAAUGACUCGAGCAUUACUACUGUCAACAUACGUAAAAUUCAUUAACUUGUUCCCUGAAGUAAAAACUACAAUCCAGGAAAUACUUAAACAAGACAGUAAUUUACGAAGUGCUGAUGCUGAACUACAACAAAGAGCAUCUGAGUACUUACAACUAUCAAAAAUUGUAUCGACUGAUGUUUUGGCUACAGUUUUGGAAGAGAUGCCUUCUUUCCCAGAACGUGAAUCAUCAAUAUUGGCUGUUCUUAAAAAGAAGAAACCAGGUCGAGUGCCAGAAACUGAAACAUUAGAAAACCAUAGUCCUCAACCAUCUCCAAUAAAUCAUCAAAAUAAUCAUGUUAAUAAUCAUACCAAUUCCAACAGUAAUUCUGCUGAUCUGCUAGGUUUAUCGACCCCAGUAGCAUCUACUACACACACGAGUAAUGCAAAUGUUCUAGUUGAUGUCUUGGGAGAUUUAUAUGGUGGUGGAGUCUCGACAGGUUCAAACUCACUAAAUGCCAGUCAAAAUAAUUAUAACCCUAAAAAAUUCAUUUGUAAAAACAAUGGAGUACUGUUUGAAAGUGAAUUGAUUCAAGUUGGUGUAAAAUGUGAGUUUAAAAGAAAUUUGGGACGUUUAGGUCUGUUUUAUGGCAAUAAAACUACAAUUCCACUGCAGAAUUUUUCCACAGUAUUAUCUAGUCCACAUCUUUGGGUCACGAAAUUGGCAAUACAAAUUAAACCUAUUGAGCCAGUUCUGGAAGCUGGGGCUCAAAUACAACAAUUAGCUAUCAUUGAGUGUGUAGAAGAAUAUACAGACACACCUGUUAUAAAUGUUUCAUUUGUGUACAAUGGAGUACCUCAAAAUGUUUCUGUUAAGCUGCCGGUAACUUUAAAUAAAUUUUUUGAACCAACUGAAAUGAAUAGUGAGUCUUUCUUUGCACGGUGGAAAAAUCUCGGCAGUAAUCAUGAUCCUCAAAAAUCACAGAAAAUCUUUAAGGCAUCACAGCCAAUGGAUCAAGUUUCAACGAGGACAAAACUAUCUGGAUUUGGUAUGCAAUUACUAGAUGGCAUUGAUCCAAAUCCUGACAAUUUUGUUUGUGCUGGUAUUGUUCACACAAAAACACAACAGAUUGGAUGUUUGCUACGUUUAGAACCAAAUAAACAAGCUCAGAUGUAUCGUUUGACAGUAAGGUCCAGCAAAGAACCCGUGUCCAUUGAAAUUUGUGACCUUUUGGCUGAUCAGUUUUGAAAUUCUGGUAAUAGUUAAUAAUUGUGUAAAAACACCAUGGAAUAUUGAAUAUGUUUUUUUUUUUGUGAUUUUGAAUUAUUGUUUUAUAUGUAUUAUGCACGCACACACUAGAUAUAUGUACACAUACAAAUCUAAAAUCAUCUGUGAAUAAACCUAAAAUAAAACGCUCUAAGUCUGAGAUCAUAUAGUUUAUUUUAUUAUUAUUUUUAUGUAAUUUAUUUAAUUGUUUUUCUUGUAAUGUAUUUUAUAUUGUAUGUGUACAUGUAUCUGGAUAGGAAGUGUGGCCAAGACCCCAAAGAUGUUAAGUGGUAAAAUUAAAAAAAUAUUUUUAUUUAUUUAUCAUGGAUAAUAAUUAAAGAAUGUAGGUUUCUUUUAUAUUGUUUUAUAAACAUCAUCAUUAUUUUUUUUUUCAAUAUCCCAAAACUGUAAUGAGUGGACUAAUACUGUUAUAGUAUUAUGUGAUGAUUCUCUUUUUUUUACUGUAAUCUACUCAAAAUCGAAUAUCUGGAAGUUUAAUAAAAAAAGUUUCUUGACAUUAAUUUGAAUAAUAAAAACUUUAUUUUUUAUUUUUUUUUUAAACUAGGUUUUAAUAAUGUUUUAGAAGUUACCACAAAAAAAUUGAAACAAAAUACAUUUAUAUAAUAUGCUUGUUUUGUGAAGUUAAGAAAAGUUUAAUAUAAACAAAAAAAUGAUCUUACAGAGCAUUGUAAAUAUAUAUAUUAGAAUAUUUAAUACAUUUGCUAAUAUAUAUAUCCUACACAAUUAUUGUGCAAACUAUAUCUUGUAAUGUAUAGAACCCUAGGUUUAUAUAAAAAUAAUUAAUACACAUAAAUAUAUUAUGUUAUAAAUAUUGUUUUAGUCACUAGGCUAGUAUUUUAUUUAUUAUGCCAUUUUAAACUAUUUGUAUGAAUCUAUAAAAUAUAAUGAUAAUUAUGAGCUUUUUUCACUCUAAUUAGCUUAAAAAAUUGCAUUAAGUGGUAAUUCUGGUUAGGUAAAAAAUUAAAGAAACCGCAUUCGUUAAUUGUGUGUAAAUUACCAUCACAAUAUUAGUAAAAUUCAUCAAUUUUAUUUUUGAAA